CAUAGGCUGAUGUUUCUCGAAUGACGACCGUCAAGGGGUAUCUGCUUUGGGUUCACAUUGAGGCUUGCUGAGAGGCUGCGAGAAGGAUACUUUCUGAGAAAAAAGGCCUCAGGAGCUGAAUUCAUUUUGGAUCAGCAGACGAUCCACAGUUAAUUCAAAACAAACUCUGGAGACAGAAUUAAAAUACCAAGCAAAGACAUGGCUCACCAAGUCACAUCACCAGCAUUGUCUUCACCUGAGGAAACUACCACUGUUGAUUUUCCCACUGCAUAUGUUGAUCAAAACUAUACUUAUCCUUCUGUGCUUCCCAAAGAAAGGAGCUUGAGUGAUAUGACUGUUAAGGAUGACUGUGACUUUGCAUUGAUUCAAAAUGAGUCUCUGUCUUCUCAGGAGUUGAGGACCAAAGUGGAAACUGUACCAAGACGAUAUUUGAAAGUUGUUAAACAGAGACCAAGUGUCAUUUGCUUCUCCAAAAAUUGUUUUAUGUUCCUGAAUAACAAUGAUAUUGAUGAGAAGCUUUAUGUUGUUGAGACACAUCCAGAUUUGACUGCAAAAGGUUUUCAGAUAAAGCAAAAGAACCUGAGCAACACACACAUCAAGGACAACCCAAUACUUGUAAGAGACAUCUUGGAUGAGAAUGUUUCAGAAGUUCUUGGACAGCAGCACAACUUGAAAAAUCGAACUUCAAGAUCACAGAGCUGCCCCGUCACCUUCAAGGAGGACAGUAAUAAUUCUAGCCUGAUGCUGCCAUGGAAGACACAUAGAAUUAUAUCUGAGCUGAAGGCUAAGGAAGUGUGUGAUUGGCUGCGGGCAGCAGGAUUUCCUCAGUAUGCACAGCUCUAUGAAGAUUCUCAGUUUCCUAUCGACAUUGCGUCUGUCAAGAAGGAUCAUGAUUUUCUCGACAGUGAUUCUGUGAAAUCCUUGUGCAGGCGGCUGAUGACUCUAAACAAAUAUGCUUCUAUAAAGCUUGAUAUCAACAUUAACAGGAAGUCGGGUAAUGAAUCUGAAGAAGAUGAUCUCUGCGCAAUCAGUGAUCGGUGGGCGUUUCAGCAAGAUAGCAAAAGAUGGUCUCGGUUGACAACUGUUGACUUCCUGUCAAACCGUGCUGAGUUCCUGAGCUCAACAAUGAAGGAAUCAGCCAGUCGGGAGAGUAUGCUGUCUGACCUUAGUGAUCCUGAGCCUUGUUCUGAGCAUUGCAGUAACGGCAGUGCUGGAAGCAUCCAAGAAGAGUUGUUAGGUCAUUAUUCAGGCAGUCAGCUGGAAUCAAAGGAAAGUCCAGGGAGUGUUUUGAUGGUUCAUUCUCAAGCAGCACAAAAGAAUAAUGAUUGCUCAAGUGACAACUUUGUUUCCACUGGAACACAAACUACUCUAGACAUCUUGGAGAACCCCAGAAAACACAGGACUAAGAGCUUUUUGAGGCGAAUUGAAUCUCUUCGAUUUAGAACUCUUCGGGGUAAAGACAAAGCCCUUUCAAAGAGCAAAGAACGAAGAAGUGUCAGGAUAGUAUCACAACAGCAUCAUGAACCUUUACAGAACACCAGUCCUCCGAAAACACUUAAUGAACCAGCAAAAGGCUUGGCAAAGGAUGUAUCUCCAUCAAAUCUUGCAUCUCUUGUUGACCCUGGACACACAAAAGUCUUCAACUCCAGAAGCAGCCACAGCAUAAUGCAUGGUGGACUAUACUUGGAGGACUAUGAAAUGGGGCUUACGGCCUCCAACCAUAAUAGAAAAGAUGAGCCUUAUUCUCAUGAAGACUAUGUUGUCCGUGUCCCCACAAACCACAAAGUAGGGACCUUCCCCAAAGCCCUUUCCAUAGAGAGCCUGUGUCCAGCUGCAGGUGAUCACUUAGUGGACUGGAAAUCAGAAAAUUUGCCCUUUGGAAUGUCUGCAUGUAGUAGCAUCAACAACUUUCAAGGGCUUCUGUUUCAGGGGCGAAGGGGUUCAUGUAGCUCGAUUGGGAGCAAGCGAAGUAUUUAUGAUAAUGUGCCCGAAUCUCAUCCAUACAAUGGUGCAGUUGGGCGUGAGGACUACUUCAAACAAUUAGAUGAUGUUUUAAAGCAUGUCAAUGGGUUACAAGAGUCUGUGGGCCUCUGGUCAAAAACUGUAUGCACAGAAUUUAAUGACACAGAAUCCGAUUCCACUGGUGAGACAGUUUUUCCUUCGCAAGGUCUGAAUUUUGAAGACCGCUCGAUGUCUGAUGUGGGGACCUCUGCAAGUGAUUUUGACAGUACUGGGAAUUCAUUAAUUGAAACUGAAGAGAUAGAGAUUAGGGAGAGGAGAGAUUCUGGAGUCGGGGCUUCAUUAACCCGAACAAACAGAAAGCUCCGCUGGCACAGUUUCCAGAACUCUCACCGUCCAAGCCUGAACUCUGCUUCUUUGGAAAUCAAUAGACAAUCGGCAGCUCAGCUCAACCUUCUGCAACGAUUCUCUUUAUUGCGUCUGACUGCCAUCAUGGAAAGAUACGCUGUCCGCAAUAAGCAGGGCUGGAACUGGGGUGUUCCCAAGUUCAUGAAAAGGAGCAAGGAACCAGAUUACAGAAGCAAAUAUGUGUUUGGUGUUCCACCAAUUGUAAAUGUGAAGAGGUCAGGUCAACCACUCCCUCAAAGCAUCCAGCAAGCCAUGCGCUAUCUACGUAGCCAGUGCAUGGGCCAGGUUGGCAUCUUCAGGAAGUCAGGUGUAAAAUCCCGAAUCCAAACUCUGAGGCAAAUGAGUGAAAACAGCCCUGACAAUGUUAAUUACCACGGUCAGUCAGCAUUCGAUGUAGCAGACAUGUUAAAGCAAUAUUUCCGGGAUCUUCCGGAGCCUAUUUUCACCAACAAGCUGACAGAAACCUUUUUGCAGAUCUAUCAAUAUGUGCCAAAAGACCAACGCCUCCAAGCCCUUCAGGCUGCAAUUGUGCUGUUGCCAGAUGAGAAUCGUGAGGUGCUUCAGUCGCUAUUGUACUUCUUGAGUGACAUUGCGUCAGUGCAAGAGAACCAAAUGACUGCUGGAAACCUGGCUGUCUGCCUUGCUCCAUCUCUGUUCCACCUAAAUGUGCCAAAAAAAGAAACUACCUCGCCAAGGGUGAUUCGAAGAAGGGGUGUAUUGAACAAACCUGAUCAGAGGGACCUCAAUGAGAAUCUGGCAGCAACUGAGGGACUGGGUCAUAUGAUUGCAGAGUGCAAGAAAUUAUUCCAGAUUCCACAUGAUAUAAUGGUGCAGUCUCGAAACUCCUACAUUGCAGGUGAUGCGCAUCCUCUGCCCAUGGACAGCUUAAGGGGACAUCACGAAGGCAGGGAUAAGGAAUAUAUGAUCUGCGUGGAAGACAUUAUUCAGGACCUACUAAAGGAGGCUGGAGAAAAAUUCAAAGGCUGGACUAGCAUCCAAGGACCUGUGAACACAGAACUUUCUUACAAGAAGGUUGGUGAUGGACAUCCCCUUCGUUUAUGGAAAGUGACAACCGAGAUAGAAGCCACUCCUAAUUCUGUAUUAAAUCGUCUGCUAAGAGAACGCCACCUUUGGGAUGAUGAUGUGCUGGUUGUAAAUGUUGUGGAACAAUUAGAUAAAAAUAAGGAGAUCUGCCAUUAUGUUCUCGAUAGCAUGGCGCCACAUCCCAGGCGAGACUAUGUUGUUCUAAGGGCAUGGCGGACUGAAUUACUGAAGGAAGCGUGCAUUCUGGUAGCAGUUUCUGUUGAGCAUAAUGCAGUGCCCCUGGAAGGUGGUGUGAGAGCAGUAGUCCUGAAUUCGCAAUACCUGGUUGAGGCUUGUGGCCCAGGCCGGUCUCGACUCACGUACAUCUCCAGGACAGACCUGAGGGGUCGGACUCCAGAAUGGUAUAACAAGGUCUCUGGGUACCUCUGCGCAGUAGAAGUUGCGAGGAUACGGGAUUCCUUCCUGCCACCAAACUCACGCGGUGUACAUCUGCAAUGAGCUAAUACUACAAGCAAGAGAAAACUGUAUUUAAUGAAUAUUCACUCUUCACAACUGUCACUAAUCUGUGUCUUCUAUCUAUUCUAACUGGACAAGAUGCAUCAUGAGAGGUCCAGAUGAAGAUGGAUCUUCAGCCCAUUCAGCAUUAUAUUUACAAUAUACCAGACUUUCUGUCAUGCCUUCAUAGUACCCAACUGUUGGUUUAAUAUGUCCGGUAUCCUGGUUACCACCAUGCUUUUGUGUAAAGAUAUCAUGCGUGACAUGGGACUCAAUAAGUAAUUGUUAUUUGAUAAUUAGAUUUUAGCAGUAACACACUAAUGAGUUGGUGAGAUACAUUAAAAAUGACAUUGUUCUUCUGUCCAGUGUCUUGGUUUUAAUCUUUUGUAUGGCUUUAAUUCAUUAACUGCUGUGACAUUCUUGCACCCAUAGAUCUGGGGUAAAGAAAGAAGUUAUUUCAAUUUGUGCUCAGUUGUUGAAAGUAAACCAGCCCAAAAGUCUAUAAAUCUGUUCACUGUGAUAUUGUCAACCAACACAUUCAACUAGAAGGACAGAUAAAUGCAAGGAAAUAUCUUGGAAUUUGGAGUCGAGACCCUUAAACAAUGGAAUAAGGAAACGAGAGGUGUAUGAGUGUUGACUUUCAGAGAAGUGUUUACUGUGUAUGGGGAAGUGCUGGGGAUGUUGAUGGGAGCAUGUGAUUUGGUUGUGGAGCUGAAAUGGAAUGGUGUUUUUAGGAAGUUGUGUGGGUUGCUGCUGACUGGCCUGCAAAUAGGUUCUUUCAGUGGCAAGAAUAAACAUUUAAACCAUUUGAGGUUAUUUUAUUAAACUUCAUGCUCAUACCUGAUCUUGUGUAUUGUUGUAGCAUACUACAUUGACUUGCUGCACAAAUAAGAGUGCAGUGUCCUUGUACUGUGAAAAUACCUAGCAUUUAUAUAGACAAUUUCUUGCCUUAUUUACAUAAAACAAUCUUGGAGCUGGAAAUCAGAGGAAGACUAUCUCAUUGGCAAUCUGAUAAAUCUAGUUUGUUCCCUUUCCAAUUGGCUGUGAGAAGAUGCUGUAAGGGAGUGCAGGGCUACAUUUUGACCGGAGAGGUCAUGAUGAUUCUGCCGAUAUAUAUCUGACCAGAGAUGGCAACUGUAGACAUACUUCAUUCUUUUGCAAUGCACUAGACCCCUUUCAUAAGAGGGCAUUGGUGGAACGUCUAUGUGAUUGCCCUCCUCUUAUUUCUCUGCUUUGAAUUUGUUAUUUUAAUUAUCCAAAUUUUAUUUUGUUUUAAGUAGUUUGGAUAGGUCAUUCCACUCUAGGUCUUUGAGAUGACAGUUCUAGCAUCCCAGUGCUGGUUUAACACCCUUAUAGUUCCAAUUUAAUAUUAUUUUCCAUGAUACAAUCCUUGUAAUAUGGCAGUUUGUGUAUUAACUUUGUUUGGGGACUUUUAGCACCAUGCAAGGGAAGAGCUUGAUGCAUCUUGGUUGAUUGGUUACCUAACCCAGUGGUUAUGCCAGUAUAUGAACAUUACUGAUUAUUACCAGAAUAACCAAGAUAAACAUAAUCCUCAAUUUCCAUUUAGUAAAAAUACAAUUUAAUUAAUAGAUAUAAAAAAGUCCCAUAUAGUUCUGUUUUUGAAAAAAUGCAGUUUAAAACUUAAACAACCCUUUGACCUACAAAUAAGUGAAUGCAUUUAAUUUAAAUUGGUGCAUGUUGGAGUAUUCGUAUUUUCUUUUGCAUGGUGCUAUUUAUGGUCAAAGUGGAUACUUGUUAUUACAAGGUGCUUUGAUUUCAGACUUGCAGCUGGUCACUGUAAUAUUAGAAGUAAAUUGGCAUUUAUGUUUGCAUGGUUUUGAUGUAUAGAUUGUGUUGCUCUAUAGCUCUGUUAGUAGUUGCAUCUCUGGUCCAGCAUUCUCAGUUGGCAUUGGCGACACCAGUUGGCCUGAUUGCCAUAAAUUGAACAAUUCUUCAGCUUUCAGAGUGGAAUGGUAAUUUGGCUGGAAUGCUCAUAUUUAACAUUAACUGCUAGUUGUUACAUUAUAUUCAGUCACACUUUUUUGCACAGCAAAACUUUAAAUACUGUUAGCUUUGUCUAUGAUUCAUAUCUCUGCAUUGUUUAACUCUUUCUUUUGACUUGAAGGAGCCUUGUUGAAGGAGGAGAAGUUGGUGACCAUAUUUUAGCUAUCAGAUUCUUUUAAAAGCUGGAGUGGUCAUAUCUUCAAUUAAUAAAUCCAAUUUAGUUGAUCGUUACAAUCCCAAUUUUUAGAGAUUAGAAGAAAUUGUUUUAUUUUAGAGUUUGAAUGGACUCUUGCUUGAAUUUUAUUGAACUAUAGGUGAAACAGCGUCACGUUUAAAUUGUUAAAGAAGCAAAACUAAACAUCCUCGCCAGGAAUCUUGACUCUUCAAUUGCCACAUUUCAUCUUUAUAUUUCUUCCACAUAUCACUUACUUAUUGUGAAAUUUUUGCUUAAUCACAAGAAUAAAAUUGGGGGCAGUUAUAGGAUUUUGAUCACUGUCAAAAGACUUUUGCAGAUGUGAUUUUCUUAAAAAUUGAAUGUAGUUGGCCUCCAGGCCUAGACUAAAAGAAAUAUGACAAGUAGUUGAGCCGUGUUGUGACAGAAAAUGUGAAAAAUUAGCAUUUUAUAGCAAUUCUUAAAUUGACUGAAUCUUGUGAUGCAUCUAUGAGCUACAAAAUGACCAAACGCAUCUCAGGAUUAACAAAGUUGAUCUUUUGAGUACGGUAGAGAUAAGCUUUUAAUCUGUGUUGAAAGAAAGGUAUACUCACUUUAAAGGAUGAAAUGUGCUAGUCAUGGGAAGCUGGAAGAGGAAGGAUGUGGGAAAGGAAAGAAAUAAUCAAAACAAUGUGUGAUGUGAGGAUAAAAGAUCUGCAAUCCAGAUGUAUUACUGCAACAAACUGCAAAAACUAUGCAGGUAAAAACAAUGACUGCAGAUGCUAGAAACCAGAUUCUGGAUUAGUGGUGCUGGAAGAGCACAGCAGUUCAGGCAGCAUCCAAGGAGCAGCGAAAUCGACAUUUCGGGCAAAAGCCCUUCAUCAGGAAUGUAAAAACUAUAUAUCUUCAUGAACAGAAGUGUUGCUUAAAAAAAAAUCACUAGUGAGUUGAGCAUAAGGGUUUGGAUUGAGUCUCUACGUAUCAUCAUCUUUUGAUCAAAUGUUAAGUUCUGUUAAAAAGCAAACUGUAAGAAUCAUUGAUCUGUCAAACCAAGAAAUAUAAUUAUAAAGAGACAUGAUGUUGUAUAAAUAGUUAAAUAUUCUGGAAUUCUCUCUGGUUCCAAAAGUGAAUUAAUGCAAUUAAAGGCAAAAUACUGCAGAUGCUAGAAAUCUGAAAUGGACAGAGAAUGCUAGAGAAACCCAGAAGUUCUGGCAGGGUACCAGAAUCAUGCUAGACAUGAAACGUUAAAUGUUUCUCUCUCCACAGAUGCAGCCAAAACUGCUGAAAUUGUCCAGUAUUCGGUGUUUAGUAUUUAGACAGAUCAUUUCAUCAGGAGAUGGGAUGACAGAUAGAUAGGCCAUAAUAAAACAUUUUAAGGUUUGCAGAAGCUUCAAAUAUGCUGGCAGAAUCAUAUUUUUCAAUUUUUUUUCAAAUCCGUUUUUCAAUUCCUGAUAUCUUGUAUUCCAAACUCCCUUCUCUGACCUCUGAAAUUGCUCAUUGUUCCAAGUAAGGUGUUUGGGGAAAAAAAAAGGGCUUUGUGUGUGGGGAUGGCAGAGAAUAUGCUAUUUGAAUAACAUUACUGGACUGCUUAUACAGGACAGUGCUUUAGGUAAACAGCCUAAUCCAUCAUGAGUAUUUUGGAAAUCACAGAUGUAUUUUAUAUAAUUUUCCAUUCAUUACAAUCAAAGGUUGGAAAAAUGUGAAGAUCAACCCUCAAUAUAGUUCUACCUUUGUGUUUAUUAAGGCAUUGUAUUCUCAUGUUGAGAGAAUGGACAUGAAGAAUGCAUAUGUACACAAGUUCUUGUAUGUUAAAUUAAUGGAUAUUACCAGUGCCCAGCGCAUUAUUGUAGGACAAAUGUGUGUGACUGAGUAUUCAUGGAUUGGAAGACCUUGAGGGAUGUAGAAUGGCACAGGUUCUAUUUAAUAUUGAGUAUUUUUGAUCUCAGGUAUUUAACUUGUUGAGUUUUUGUUGCCAACUGUACAUAUUGUAUUUCUAUAAAAUCUGUCCAAUGUGAAACAUUUGUAUGGAUUUUUUAAAAAAGGCAUAUUAAAAUUAUAUUUUUCUUGACAA